AUGACCGUCUUCCUCCUGAUUUGCUUCAUUGUCUCCUCUGCAGCUCUAGACUGCUACGUCGGAGAGACAAAUGAUGUUCACCUGGAGAGCGGAUUUCAGUUAUGUUAUGUUGGCACCGUUCUGUUUGGAGCCCGCCGCAAAAUCUAUGGCGGCAGCAAAAGAAAAAUGGAGCUGAACCCUUCCUUCAAUAAUUGUUGGAGAAUCUUGACCAAAUCCGACGAGAAGGCAAUCGCAUGCCACUGCGAAACAAAUUUGUGCAAUCCAGAGAACUGA